AGGUCAUCCGCAUCGACUGCGCUGUGUCAGGGUGUCAUUCGCACCGUCAUCAUCAUGUCUGGCCAGACAAACCUGGACAGAGCCAUCGAGAUCGUCCAACGUGCCAUCGACGAGGACACCAAACAAAACUAUGCGGAGGCAUACAAGCAAUACAUGAACUCCCUCGACUACUUCAUGCUCGCUCAGAAAUACGAGAAGAAUGAAAAGUCCAAGGCUUUGAUCCGCGGCAAGAUCGAAGAAUACCUCUCUAGAGCUGAAACCCUCAAGAAGCAUCUCCAAGCUCAAGAAGAACAUCGUGGCCGGAGGGCUGUGGGUGCCAAUGGAACAGUCGCUGGCGUCGGUGGUAAAGGAAAGGAUGGUGGUGAUGACGAUCAAGAUCCCGAACUCAAGAAACUCCGCGCAGGCCUAUCGAGUGCCAUCUUAUCCGAGAAGCCAAACGUAAAGUGGGACGACGUCGCCGGACUCGAACGUGCCAAGGCUUCUCUCCAAGAAGCCGUCAUCUUGCCUAGGAAGUUCCCCCAAAUCUUCACCGGAAAACGCACCCCCUGGCGCGGAAUCUUGCUAUAUGGUCCACCUGGCACCGGAAAGUCCUACCUCGCCAAAGCCGUGGCCACCGAAGCCAACAGCACGUUCUUUAGCGUCAGCUCCAGUGACCUCGUCAGUAAAUGGCAAGGUGAUUCGGAAAGACUCGUGCGUAAUCUAUUCGACAUGGCGCGCGAGAACAAACCCGCCAUCAUCUUCAUCGACGAAGUCGACUCCCUCGCUAGCACCCGCAACGAAUCCGAAUCCGAAGGCUCCCGCAGAAUCAAAACCGAAUUCCUCGUGCAAAUGAAUGGUGUCGGACACGAUGACACCGGUGUUCUCGUUCUCGGUGCGACCAAUAUUCCCUGGCAACUCGACCCCGCUAUCAAACGCAGAUUCGAGAAACGGAUAUAUAUCCCUCUACCGGAUAAGGAGGCCCGCAGACGCAUGUUUGAGAUACAUGUUGGGUCGACACCGUGCCAGCUGACUCACAAGGAUUACAAAUUGUUGGCGGAGCGGACGGAAGGCUACUCCGGUUCCGAUAUCUCCAUAGUCGUGCGGGACGCGUUGAUGCAGCCCGUACGAAAGGUCAUCUCAGCUACACACUUUAAACCUGUCAAACCUGACCCAGACUCUUCAUCACCCUCUAAAAUCAAAUGGACACCCUGUUCACCGGGCGACCGGGAUGCCGUCGAGAAAUCGUGGAACGAAAUCGGGUCCGACGAGCUGCAAGAACCACCGCUGAGGAUACAGGAUUUCUUGAAGAGUCUGGAGAGCGUUCGGCCGACUGUGACAGAGGCGGAUAUUAGGAGACACGAUGAAUGGACGAAAGAGAGUGGUAAUGAAGGGGCAUGACGUGUAGCGAGUAUUUUAGAUGGAUUCCGUUAAUCACCGACCAGAAAAAGUCGAUCUUGUCCCCUUCAUAUCACCUCAAUUCCUUGUCACCGCACGGCGCCAAUAAAUCACAACCCACAACCCCACGUGUAGAGCAACAGCAGUAGUACUUUCGAUCCGAUUCACAUCAGUGUAUUCACAUGGGAUUUGAUUUUUUUUCCUUUUCUCUUUUACAACCCCAACCGCUUCUGUUGUGGCUGUAAAGUAGUAGGCCGCGCUUAUUAGGGCUGUAGGGUUUAGUAUCGGUGAUAUAUACGUAUACCUGCUUUCUUGAUUACCUCUGCGCAUAGAAUAUUAAUGCCGCCUCUCAUAAGCGGACGCCUUCAAUUAGAG